UAUACAUCCAUGCCACUAGCCGCGCCAUCCCGCCACGAAAUCUACAAAUUUUGUGAGGUGAAAUAGUUUAAAUUCAGGGGCAACAGUGCACUACGACUCGAGUAAAACUAUUUAUCAUUACCAUUAUUUGUAGACGGCACAACAAGGGUUACUAUCUGCGGCUGAAACAUGGCAUCGAGUGAAGGACAGACUGCCAAGUCAAACUUGCAUCAGCAAGACUUAACCAAACUUGAUAUCACAAAAUUGUCAGCUCUGUCUCCUGAAGUGAUCUCCAGACAAGCCACAAUUAAUAUUGGUACCAUUGGGCAUGUAGCUCACGGAAAGUCAACAGUUGUGAAAGCAAUCUCAGGAGUGCAGACUGUCAGAUUCAAGAAUGAACUGGAAAGGAAUAUUACUAUCAAAUUAGGUUACGCGAACGCGAAGAUCUACAAAUGCGACAACCCGAAGUGCCCCCGGCCCACCUCGUUCAUCUCCGGCGGGUCGUCGAAGGACGACAACUUCCCGUGUCUGCGCGCCAACUGCUCCGGCCGCUUCCAGCUCGUCAGACAUGUCAGCUUCGUCGACUGCCCCGGGCACGACAUCCUCAUGGCAACCAUGCUUAACGGCGCCGCGGUCAUGGACGCAGCUCUACUGCUCAUUGCUGGCAAUGAGUCAUGCCCGCAACCGCAGACCAGCGAACACUUGGCCGCCAUCGAGAUCAUGAAGUUGAAGCACAUCCUCAUCUUGCAGAACAAGAUCGACCUGGUGAAGGAAGGCCAGGCCAAGGAGCAGCACGAGCAGAUCGUCAAGUUCGUGCAGGGCACCGUGGCUGAAGGGGCUCCGAUUAUCCCCAUUUCAGCUCAGCUCAAGUACAAUAUCGAGGUACUUUGCGAGUAUGUCACAAAGAAGAUCCCAGUACCGCUGCGAGACUUCACCUCCCCCCCUCGCAUGAUCGUCAUCCGUUCCUUCGACGUGAACAAACCAGGUUGUGAGGUCGACGACCUUCGUGGGGGUGUCGCUGGCGGCUCCAUCCUGCAGGGAGUGCUCACUGUCGGCAUGGAGAUCGAGGUGCGACCGGGUCUGGUGUCAAAGGACGCCGACGGCAAGCUGACCUGCCAGCCAAUAUUCUCGCGCAUCGUGUCGCUCUACACGGAGCAGAACGAGCUGCAGUACGCCGUGCCCGGCGGGCUCAUCGGCGUCGGCACCAAGAUCGAACCCACCCUGUGUCGCGCUGACCGACUUGUCGGCCAGGUCCUGGGAGCCGUGGGCGCGCUGCCGGGCAUCUUCGUGAAGCUCGAGGUGUCGUACUACCUGCUGAAGCGGCUGCUCGGCGUGCGCACCGAGGGCGACAAGAAGGCCGCCAAAGUACAGAAGUUGACCAGGAACGAGGUGUUACUGGUGAACAUCGGAUCGCUGAGUACCGGCGGCCGUGUGAUAGCCACCAAGGCCGAUCUGGCCAAGAUCACGCUCACCAACCCCGUGUGCACAGAGAUCGGCGAGAAGGUCGCUCUCAGCAGGAGAGUCGAGAACCACUGGAGGUUAAUCGGAUGGGGACAAAUUCAAGGAGGCGAAACGAUCGAACCAGCCAAGAAUUAACUGUGUUGUCAAGUUAAACUUUUAUAUUAUGCUAUCAUUAUA